CCUCCUCCUUCUCGUCCUCCUCCUCCUCUCAGGCUGUGGUUUUUCUGUGUAUGUUUCUGGAGUCCUGAGCCUGAGCUAAACAAAAGCAGGAGGCUGACGGGGCUGCUGGAGUUUGCAGAGACACGGUGGAGGAGAGAGCCUGUGCUCUGCCUUGCCGCCGCGGCUGGGGGAGAUCUGGCUUUUGCAACAGCCCACCCCCUUUGAGAUCACUCUGGCCCGGAGUGGGGGUGGGGGGCAGCGGGGGGUGGGGGGGAAAGUUUGCAUUGCAAUCCCCCUGCCUUCCUCUCCUUUCUCCCGAUCAAUGCAUAUUUGCAAAAGGAUUAAGCCACAGAUAUAAGCGCCGGGAGCCCAUUUCUGCCUUGCAAAGGAUACCGGACUGAAAAACCAAAAGCCAGCUCUGAUUUCUUUUCGUCAAGUGGGAAGGUGGUUUAUUUUUCUUGCUUUUUGGAGUCAACACCCUUCCCCACCAGCCCUUAUCCCCACCCUCACCCCGCAACCCCUUCACGCCCCCCUCCCCCUCCCCACUCCCCAUCCUCCCACCAUCCUCUAAAGAGGCAAAGGGAUUUUUUUUUCUUUUUCUUUUGGUCUUCUUUUUCCCCCCCUUCCCUGUUUAUCCUGAAAAGGAUUUGAAGACAGCUUGAAGGAUAAAAAGCCUUGGUGCUUCCCAGGAGCCGAGCCGAGGAGCAGAAGAGGAAGAGCCGGGGGCUGCCGUUGCCUUUGGAGAUGGACGAGCAGCCCAGGCUGAUGCAUUCCCAUGCUGGGGUCGGGAUGGCCGGACACCCCGGCCUGUCCCAGCACUUGCAGGAUGGGGCCGGAGGGACCGAGGGGGAGGGCGGGAGGAAGCAGGACAUUGGAGACAUUUUACAGCAAAUUAUGACCAUCACAGACCAGAGUUUGGAUGAGGCGCAGGCCAGAAAACAUGCUUUAAACUGCCACAGAAUGAAGCCUGCCUUGUUUAAUGUGUUGUGUGAAAUCAAAGAAAAAACAGUUUUGAGUAUCCGGGGAGCGCAGGAAGAAGAGCCAACAGACCCCCAGCUGAUGCGACUGGACAACAUGCUGCUGGCGGAGGGGGUGGCCGGGCCAGAGAAGGGUGGCGGCUCGGCCGCGGCGGCUGCGGCGGCGGCAGCUUCUGGAGGCGCCGGUUCCGACAAUUCGGUGGAGCAUUCUGAUUACAGAGCCAAACUCUCACAGAUCAGACAAAUCUACCACACGGAGCUGGAGAAAUACGAGCAGGCCUGUAAUGAGUUCACCACCCACGUGAUGAAUCUCCUGCGAGAGCAAAGCCGGACCCGGCCCAUCUCCCCGAAGGAGAUCGAACGGAUGGUCAGUAUCAUCCACCGCAAGUUCAGCUCCAUCCAGAUGCAGCUGAAGCAAAGCACGUGUGAGGCCGUCAUGAUCCUGCGUUCCCGGUUUCUGGAUGCGCGGCGGAAGAGACGAAAUUUCAACAAGCAAGCGACGGAAAUCCUGAAUGAAUAUUUCUAUUCCCAUCUCAGCAACCCCUACCCCAGUGAGGAAGCCAAAGAGGAGUUAGCCAAGAAGUGUGGCAUCACAGUGUCCCAGGUAUCAAACUGGUUUGGAAAUAAACGAAUCCGGUACAAGAAGAACAUAGGUAAAUUUCAAGAGGAAGCCAAUAUUUAUGCUGCCAAAACAGCUGUCACUGCUACCAAUGUGUCAGCCCAUGGAAGCCAAGCUAACUCACCGUCAACUCCCAAUUCAGCUGGUGGAUACCCUUCGCCAUGUUAUCAGCCAGACAGGAGGAUACAGUGACGGACUCGCAGCCAGUCAGAUGUACAGUCCGCAGGGCAUCAGUGCUAAUGGAGGUUGGCAGGAUGCUACUACCCCUUCAUCAGUGACCUCCCCUACAGAAGGCCCUGGCAGUGUUCACUCUGAUACCUCCAACUGAUCUCCCAGCAGUCGCAUCCCGGCUGACCCUGUGCUCCAGUCGGGGCCGGGCCAGGAGGGAGGGUUUCUCAACGCUGAAGCGGUCAGACUGGAGGUCGAAGCAAUCAGCACACACAAUAAGAGUCUCCUUCUCUUCUCUUCUUUGGGAUGCUGUUUCAGCCAAUCUGGACACUUCUUUAUACUCUCUUCCCUUUUUUUCUGGGUAGAAGCCACCCUUCCCUGCCUCCAGCUGUCAGCCUGGUGUCCAUCAUCUUCCCUGCCCCUUUCCCUCUGUCCUAGACUCCCUGGGUCCCUGCCCUCUAUUACAUCCCUGAAGGAUAUUUUCAACAAUUAGAGGAAUUUAAAGAGGAAAAAAAAUACAAAGAAAAUAAUAAAAGUGUUGGUAUGUUUUCAUGCUGGUGGUUUGAGGGGCCAGACUUACCUCCCUGGGAUCCCUUGCUCCCUCUGUUAACAGGCAGUCCUUCUCUGUUUCUCUCGUUACUCUCACUACCUCUUAGCAGGAAUACGCCACAUUGCCCUACUCAUUCCAGGCCGCCCUACCUCCUCUUGCUCUAACCUCCCCGGGGGCGAUUCUGAUUAGAAUACAAUUCCUCCUCUUCCUUCUCAGCCCCAGGUAUUCUUUGGGGGCUGCCUUUGCUGGGCUUCUACAAGUGCCACAGUUUCUGGGUUCACCUCUGCUAGCUUGGUUCCCAGCAGGAAGUCAGGCAGCAAGAGAAGCCUCAAGGAACAAGGGCAGAAUUCCUAGAGGCUUUUGCAUCUUCCCAAUAACAGCUCUUGGUUUCAGAGGGACAGUCUCUGGAGACUGUGCAGUAAAUGGUGUUCAGAAUCUACUGCAAAACCAGGUCUGAGUUAGGCAUGGUGGUGAAUGCAUCACUAAGGAGUAGAAGGUUCUUAUCCUGCAACCCUUUACCUAUCCCCUUUAUCUCUCUCUCUCUCUCUCUCUCUCUCUCUCUCUCUCUCACACACACACACACACACACACACAAGCAUACAAACGUAGGCAUGUGCACAGCCUCACACAUUACACUUGCCCCAAAUCAGGCACGUGCCACAUUCAGAUACCUAUAUUAGUAACCAUAGCAUUAUACCUUGUGAGCCCAAGAGAGGGAAUUAACAACUCUGAGUGAAGGUCACUGACACAGAGAAGCAGCGUGUGCCUGGGGCUUCCAGGCCCCCAGCGUGCACACACCAGAACGACAUACACAGGACUCGAUCGUGAUGAAGCCCAGGUUUCCAGUACAAACUAAUCCUGUUCUCACCACCUCUGGAGCUCUCAGGGAGUCACACACAGUACUUACAAAGCCUACAAUGGAUUUGGUUCUGUUUUGUUUUUGUGUUUAUGUUAGGGACAUUGUAUUAAUUAUCCAAAGGGUUAUAUGGCUCCAACAUUCUCGUCCUGGAGGAGAAAGACGUAUAAGAACAUGGCUUGGGCAAAAUUUUUGCUUGCUUACUUUGAAGACCUGAGAGUGAUGGAGAGCAGGGAGGUCAUGCUUUCAGUGAAAUCAUCCAUGAUUUUUAUUCCCUGGUAGUAUCUGAGAGUGCAGAGUAGGUACUAGAAAGCUGUCCUCAUGUCGCCUGUGCUCACAUUCUUCAUAGCCAACUGUGCCGGCAAUAAACAUGGCAGCUCUGUCACUUGACUAAGUGGGAGGUGGUGCCUCAUUUUCUUCAUCUGUAAAAUGGGGGUUGUUACGCCUGGCUCACCAAGAGGCGUGUGAGAGGCCGAAGAAGUUGAUUUCAUUCAUAUCCAAUCUGUAAUUGUGAAGUCAGGGGAAGAAGCAUCCCUAAGAUAAACUGGUUCAUGCCACAUGGGGGCAGUAAAUGGUUUUCCUGUUCUAACUUCUGGUUAACAUUAGUCCCCUGAGGUCAUCAGCCUGAUGACAAAGAGAAGGGUUAGUGUUGUUCCUUCUGUUUGUUUUGGUCUGCUUGGUUUCUUAGAAUAGAGAUGUCUCUAAAUUGGAAAAAAUGGGACGUGGUUCUCUAAGCUUGUACUUGAAUCCAGUAUGUGGCCUUGUAACACCUUAGUCCCUGUCACAUCUGCUAUGUUUGAGCGGCCUCCGGGAGAGGUAUAAGACCCUGAGGGGUGAGAGUGGCCAGCUAACAAGGUCAUGGACAUUCUGCAUGACGCUUCAGUAAUGAUUCGAAAAUGUUCCUGUGUGUGGCUGUUGGGAGGCGGGGGGUUAACCUAAGGAACUAGAAGGUAUGUGUAUUUGAAGGAAAUGCAAAAAGUAAAUAGUUGGCAAGGUGGCAUUAUGCCUGGAUGACUGAGGUCAGUAGAAAGACUCUCUUCUAACCAGUGCCGUAAUCAGAGCAGGGCUUGAUAAAGAGGAUUCCUGGAAGGAGCCAUCCUGUGACCAUUCUACAGUGAUUAAAACCAGUGGAGAACUUUGUCUGAGUGGCAGGGAUCUAUUGAAACUACCCACAGAGGAAUAUGGUGGGAUCGCCUCCCCCUGAUUAGGGGCAAAGUACAAAAGGGACACAAAAGGGUUCUCUUGGAAACAGGAAGAAUGAUUCCAGAUUUGGGUUGAAUGAUUGCCGUUUUAAGUUGAUGAAAUAGAUCAGAGCAGUGCUACCUUUGCACAAGCAGUCUCUCUCCCUGCAGUAGUUUGCACUGAUCACCUCUCACAGCAUCUUCCCCACCUAGCACUUCAUGCAGUGCUCUUCGCAUCCAGUACCUUUCCCACGACUUCCCCUCCUCGCCUACGAUCACAUCCAACGUGGCGGCCACCACAUCUCUUUGCAUUAAGCGAAGCAUGAGAACGCUGGCAGCGGAAGGUUGGGGAUGGAAAGUAGCGUGCCUCUGGAAAUACAGCUCCCUGGGAAUUCGUAUUAGGUCAAUCCUACAGAUACCAAAAUGUGCCCCAAGACGCCUUCAUUUUCUGAUGGAAGUGGGAGCGCUCCAUUUUCCCUGGCAGAUUUCCCCUGAGAAAUGAUACCAGCCCUAGGGUUUGCCCACCUUGUAACUCUUCAUCACAUCCUCCUUUUCAUCCCUGACUCCUCCCCCUGGCUUGGAAUUGACUCCUGUGCGGUACUUUUGCCAAGUGACACCUUUCCAUUUAUUUUUCAUUUUGCUGUGGUGGUAGUUCUUUAUUUACCGUUUGCCUUUUCUCUCACAUAUCUUCCCUGCCCCUCUUUCCUUCUGAGUUUUAUUUUUCUGCCCAGAAAAACCUGACUUCGAUACCAAAAAAAGAUGAAACUACAGAAACUCAAAUUUAAAAAAAAAAACUUAAAAAAACACAAAAAAAUACUCAACGAUUCUUUCAGCUUUAUUAACAUUUUCCAUUGUUUCUUGCGACUCGUGUCUCGUUCUUUGUAGUAUUGAUGAUGAACAUUUGAUAAUGAAUGUUCUUGUAUAUUCAGAUAAAGAAAAAAAACCAAAAAAGCGGUCUGAAUUUAAUAGUGUUUAUAAUAAAAAUUUUAAAAAUGACCCUCAUAGCACGCAAAACAGGAUGGGGGAUUUCCCCUCUUCUUUCUGUGACAAUGCACAUCAUUCCUGCAUUAGUUUUUAACACCGAACUACCUACAUUCACCAUUUCCCCCAUUUUUCUUUUAUUUUCUUGCAUUUGUGAAUUAGUUCAAGAAUGCUAGAAAAGUGUCGAGUUGUGCACAUCCAUUUCCUGUUUCACAAUGUUUAAAAGUGACAGUAAUUCAUUUUGUAAACUAAAAAAAAAAAAAAAAAAAAAGGUUGGAAUAGUGAGCAUAAUAGGUACAGCCUAACACGUUAUUAUGUUUAUUAACUUCGAGACCCAGAAAUAAAUUCUUUUCUUUUCUUUCUUCUGCUCUUUAAAAUAUAAAAAAAGAAACUAUGUUUUGUUUUGUGUUAUUUUUGGUUUGUUUAUGGGGGGGCUUUUUUUAAUUGUCAGGAUUAUGGUCUUGCUGUUUUUAUUCCUUAAAUAUGUAUUUGAGGUGAUGUGAAAAGAUGACAUUUGUAGAAUAGGCUGUUUCCUUGUACUUCCGUUUGUUUCAGAAUUAGUUGACUUCAAAGAUCAAGCCCACCAUGAUUCAUAUUUUUUCACCUGCAGUUUUUGGAGUGUGUGGCACUCUUGCAAUCCCUGAGAAAAACAAAGGCAAGGACUUGAGUUUUCUUUUUAGCCCUUUAACAAUUCAAGGAAUUGGUCCAGGGGACCUUCUUGUGCUGUAGGGAAAGGUUUUUGCCUUGGUUGGUUGUGAAUGACACAAUAAAAUGCUUUCUUUUCUUUCUUCCUGAUUAAUAACAACGUUCCACGACUCUUUCCAGCUAGAGAGGACUUUUUUCUUCCAGUAGAAUCCCACAGGAGAUCCUGGUGGGCUGUGCACCGCUGGCUGAGUAGACCAGAUCCAGGAAGCCGUCCUAGAGUCAUUUGGCCUACUGAUCUUUUGAGCCAGACUCAGUGCUGUUGUUACAGUGCUGAGCAGGUACACCUGAUUCAUUGGCAGUGCGCCUCGUAUGAACCUCUGAUUUAGGCAGCUGUCAAACUGGCUUGAUUUGGGAUGUUUUUGUUAAGUUAGGGGAGAAAAGAAAGCAAUAUUAUCUGGAGGAAGCUUAAUUUAAAUGUUUUUCAUUCAACAAAUGAUUAAGCAUUCAGAAAGCAGCAAGAACCCAAGCAAGAAGAGUUAAGAACACUUUAGGAAGUGUUUCUACCCAAACGCUUGCACUCUUGUUUUUAAGUCAUAACAAAAUAAUGACAAGCUUUUCACAUCACCUUUAUGGUUUCAAUCCCUAGCUCAAAGCUUUCUGGAAUCUUUUAUUUUUUUGUAAACUUUUUUUUCCUUUUGUUAAAAUUAAUAAAACAUCCAAUGUUUUCCCCC